AUGGUAGAUUCUGACAACGACACUAAUAUGACGGACUUCUUCAAAAUGCUUAUCACGACAAGCCCAGGCCAGCAGCUCGCCCACCCCGAUGAAGACCGCUCGCGACCCCGCAGUUUCUGGAGCAUGCGGGAGGAUGAGUUCCUCCUAACGGUCGUGCUCAGCAACAGCCAGCUCCUACUGCACGGGCCGCGCUCCAAAAAACGUCGCAGCUUCUGGCACUUGGUCAGCUCCGAGCUCACGACGCAGUUUGGGAUGGCCAAGAACAAACGUCAAUGUCGUGACCGAUUUAAGCUCUUGUUCCAGAAAUCUAUUACUCGAAAUCAGUUCAACGUUGAGCAAGCGCCCGACAGCAAGCUCGAGUGGCUCUUGCAGCAGUGUUUCCGCACUUUCCAUCUCACUGACACCAGUGAGAUCGUGCUUGCGGAAUCCUCCCCGUUGUCGGCCAGUGAGACAAGUGGUAGCUUCACAGAGCAGCAAACCGUCACAGCUAAUGCACAGUGUCUCCCGAGACACUACGUCGCAAAGAGCAGCGUGCCUCUGAUAGAGCGGGCUGAUGUUCGUACUGACAUCCAGCAGCUCCUCUGCACAAUGAUGUCCUUACAGCGGCAAAUGGACGACUUAUCCUGUCGAGUGGACAUGAUCACGAAUCUGGUCACUCCUCUGGCCCGCAAACCGGCAGGCCGGGGCUCAUUUGACUCCCACAAUGACGCUCUCCAUGGCUGA